UGAAAGCUCAAAACUCGAAACAGAAUAAAAGGUCAAGCGAAGACCCAUUAUCCACUGUCUCCAGCAGAGAGCAGAAGCAAGAGAAAAAAGAGAGGAGAGAGAACAUCUUCUUCUUCACUUUCUUCCUCAGAGCUCUCUCUCUCUCUCAUGUGGAUUCCAAAUCCCUCUCUGCUUCUCCUUCCUCACACUCCUCAACCAACAUUCUUCUUUUGACACUUUUCAACACACACCAGCUACUACUCUGCAACCUCACAACCCGCCAUUAACGAUGCCUCCUCCUCACUUCUCCAUUUCCAUUUCCAUUCUCCUCCUCUGCCUCUUCUUUUUCACACUUAUCGAAGCUACAAAACCUCUAAAUCUCACUCUCCCUCACCAACACCCUUCUCCUGACUCCGUCGCUCUCCACGUCACAAGUACAAUCAAUGCAUCCCUCUCACGGAGACAACUCACCUCCUCCUCCACUUGCGGUACCGGAAACCCAAUCGACGACUGCUGGCGCUGCGACUCCUCCGACUGGUCCUCCAACCGUCAAAGACUCGCCGACUGCUCGAUCGGCUUUGGCUCCGGCACCCUCGGCGGCAAAAACGGUCGGAUCUACGUCGUCACAGACUCUUCCGACAACAACCCGGCGAACCCAACUCCGGGCACACUCCGCUACGCCGUCAUCCAAGAAGAGCCCCUCUGGAUAGUCUUCUCCUCCAGCAUGUUCAUCCGCUUAAAGCAAGAACUCAUCAUCAACAGCUACAAGACCAUCGACGGCCGUGGAGCCGCCGUCCACAUCACCGGCAACGGCUGCUUAACCAUCCAGUACGUGCAACACGUCAUCAUCCACAACAUCCACAUCUACGACUGUAAACCUUCCGGAGGAGCCGUCGUCGCCGCUUCGCCCACGAAAGUCGGGAGGAGAGGUAGAUCUGACGGCGACGGGAUCUCUAUCUUCGGAUCUCAGAAGAUCUGGGUCGACCAUUGCUCCUUGAAUCAUUGUACCGAUGGGCUUAUCGAUGUGGUGUUGGGCUCGACGGCGAUAACGAUAUCGAACAACUACUUCACUCAUCACGAUGAGGUGAUGCUGUUGGGUCAUGAUGAUAAGUACGUGCUGGAUACGGGGAUGCAGGUGACGAUUGCGUUUAAUCAUUUCGGACAAGGGCUUGUUCAGAGGAUGCCGAGGUGUCGGAGAGGGUAUAUUCAUGUCGUGAAUAAUGAUUUUACUUCGUGGAAGAUGUAUGCUAUUGGUGGUAGUGGUAAUCCCACUAUUAACAGUCAAGGGAAUCGUUACUCUGCUCCUUCUGAUCCUAGCGCCAAAGAGGUGACGAAGCGAGUGGAUUCGACAGACGAUGGUGAAUGGGCGAAUUGGAACUGGAGAACAGAAGGAGAUUUGAUGGAGAACGGAGCUUUCUUUGUGGCGUCUGGUGAAGGAGUGAGCACACUGUACUCUAAAGCUUCGAGUGUUGAGCCUAAAGCUGCGGCUCUCGUAGACCAGCUCACUCAAAACGCUGGCGUUUUCGGCGGUCCCAGGGAUGAUCAAGGUCAGAGCGGCGAUUCUUAUUCUGGUUAUGGAGGCGGCGGCGAUGGAGGGACGGGCGCUAUAGGUGGUACGUCAAGAGGAAGCAGCAGCAAUGGUGACAACAAUUUCUUCGGGAUGAUAUUCGGAAACAAUGCACCGCCUCGACCACGUUUAACGUUAUUGUUGUUGCUUUUGUUAAUGAUUUGUGUUUUGUCGACAUCAACUCUAUUAUUGUGGUAGACCACAAGGAUAACUUAAUAGGAUUCGGACCGUCCAAUUGAUUGGUUCUUUUGGUGUAACAUGGGUGGCUCAUUAUUAUUUUAUUUUAUUUUAUU